GCACAGCAAGCCCUUAAUACACGGCGCUUUGUUAUCACCGGCCCUCUGCGUUAGAGAACUAGGCGAGUGGGCUGACUUGCCAGUAUCCAGUUGGACUUGAGCCCACAGGUCCGGGCAACAAGGUUUCCCUAAUUGAGGUUUAGGGGCUAGAUGGAAAAUGUGCCCUUCUUCACCCUAUUCUCCCUCUCCCGCAAUUGCGGUACGGGUGAGCGGCGCUAGGGUUGAGGGUGCGCCUCUGGAGUCCCCGUCCCCUGGGACCGUUGGGCCGCGCGGAGGUGAAAACGGCCCCGAGAUGAAGAGAGCCUGUUUCCAGCCGGACCGCGGCCCUGGGAGCUCCCUAGCUCCGCGCCUGCGCGCUCAGCCCGUCGCCGCGCCGGCCCUGAGGACGUGCGCUCGCUAUCUUCGCGGCGCCUGGGCCCUGAUAUGCGCCGCUGCCGGGCCCUUGCCAGCUCCAGACCUCUGUGGAGUUUAAGAACACUAUGGAGCUCAUCAGAGUAUAUCACUGAAGAAUAUGAUGGCUGAAAACAAUUUAAAAAUGCUAAAGAUUCAACAGUGUGUAGUAACCAACAAACUACCUAGAAACAGGCCAUAUAUUUGCAAUAUUUGCUUCAAGCACUUUGAAACACCAUCAAAAUUAUCUAGGCAUUAUCUCAUUCAUACUGGUCAAAAGCCAUUUGAAUGUGAUGUGUGUCAUAAAACCUUUAGACAACUAGUUCAUCUGGAGAGGCAUCAACUAACUCAUAAUCUGCCUUUUAAAUGUAGUAUUUGUCAACGCCACUUUAAAAAUCUGAAGACAUUUGUGAAGCACCAACAACUUCAUAAUGAAACCUAUCAGAAUGAUGUUAAACAGGUCAGAAGAUUGCUGGAGGCCAAGCAAGAAAAACCAGUGUAUGGAAUGUAUAGUACUUUUACCACAGAGGAGAGAUGGGCAUUGCACCCAUGCUCUAAGUCUGAUCCCACACACAGCACUACAAAGAGAAGAAAGAAUGUUCAUGCAUGUACAAUCUGUGGCAAGAUGUUUCCAUCACAAUCAAAACUUGAUAGGCAUGCACUUAUUCAUACUGGCCAGAGGCCUUUUAAAUGUGUCCUGUGCAGUAAAUCUUUCCGACAGUCAACUCAUUUAAAAAUCCACCAGCUCACACAUUCAGAAGAAAGACCUUUUCAAUGUUGUUUUUGUCAAAAGGGAUUUAAGAUUCAAAGCAAACUUCUGAAGCAUAAACAAAUCCAUACUAGGAAUAAGACUUUUCAGACUCUUUCAUUAAAGUUGAAGAGUCCAGAAUCAUGCCCCCUGACUAGUAAAUUAAAUGCAAAACAGGAUGGUCUCAAAAAUGGUGAUAUGGGUGAAUCUGAGGAGAAUAGUCCACUUGAUGUCCACUCUAUUUACAUCGUUCCUUUUCAAUGUCCAGAAUGUGAAGAGUGUUUUGAAUCAGAGCAGAUUCUCAAUGGACACAAGUGUUUUCCUGCCAGAGGUGGCAAAAUUCCAAACAGGCUCAAAAGAAGCUACAACUAUAAAACCACUGUUAAAAAAAUCUUAGCCAAGCUUAAACGUGCUGGGGGUAAAAAAUUAGAUAACUUUAGAUCUGAGAAAAGUGUUUUUAAAAAUAGCUUCUUAAAAAAUUGUGACCUUAUUUCUAGUGAGCAGAACUCUGAACAAACCCAGAGAACAUUUAUGGGUUCUCUUGGCAGAUAUGGAACAUAUAAGACAGUUGGUAAUAAAAAGAAGAAAACGUUGACUUUGCCAUUUUCUUGGCAAAAGCAAUUCCAGAGCCAAAACGUGGGGAAAAACUUGAAAGGUAUGUUUACAACAGAAAGCAUAUUAACUAUGGAUAAUUCCGUGAACAAUAAAGACUUACCAAUCUAUGGUCCAGCAGGUGAGGAAUUCUUUAAUAGCUGUGAAGUGCUUCAGUGUGGUUUUUCAGUUCCAAAUGAAAACAUACAUACUGGACAUAAGAUGUGUCCUUGUGACAAAUGUGAGAAAGUAUUUCCUUCUAUAUCCAAACUACAAAGACACUAUUUAAUUCAUACUGGACAGAGACCUUUUGGCUGUAAUGUUUGUGGGAAAUCUUUUAGACAGUCAGCUCACUUAAAAAGACAUAAACUAACUCAUAUUGAAAAGAUUCCUUAUAGAAGAUCUCUUUGCCAAGUAGAAUUUGGAAAUUUGAACAAACUUUUCAUUCAUUCAGGUGAUAAUAUUAACUACAAUGUUUCGCAGCAAUGUCAGGCUCUUGGUUUUCAAAGAUAUGACGUCUCAAAGUCAGAUCAAAUAUCAGAAAUAGAAGUUAAGGCAGAAACAGAGGAUUUCAUCCUCGGUACCCACUGUAGGAACAGGCAGCCCUAUCUCUCUAGUGCGCUUUUGGAAUCAGAGCAGAGCCAUCGUUGUAGUUACUCAGGGCGUACUGAGAGAAAUGAUGGCCUCCUUUACCAAUGCAGCGUGUGUUCUAAAAGUUUUCGAUCUCCAUCUAAACUGGAAAGACACUAUCUAAUUCAUGCGGGACAGAAGCCAUUUGAAUGCUCAGUUUGUGGCAAAACAUUCAGACAGGCUCCUCACUGGAAGAGACAUCAACUUACUCACUUUAAAGAACGACCUCAAGAGAAAGUUGUGUUGGAUUCGACUAUGUAACCAUCUAACCACUAAUGCAUUUGUGGUCUUUGGUGAUCUUGUUCUUAAGGCCUGUAUCAUUUGAAAUGCAUUUUUAUCAAAAUGCCUAUAAUAGAUUGAUUUCAUAGGCAGUUGCUUGUCCUGCAUAGUAAGGAGGAGGUAAGAUACAUAGAAAAUUCAUAGUGUUUCAGGAACAAUCAAAUUUUUAUAAGGAAGAACAUUAUUUGGUGCCAUAAAGUAAGAAUUUAUUUUACUUUAAUAUUAUAAACGUAUACUUUGGUUGUAUUGAAAGUUAUAAAUCCAUGAUUCUAUUCAGAUAACUCAGCCUCAUUAUUUAAAAGAAUUAUUCCUUAAGACAUACGAUCUCCUUUUUAGAUAUACUCAAAAGACUAAGAGUCAAAAAUUGGCUUUUAGCUGCAGCAAAUAGCCCCACUAUAUUUCAUUUAUUUUACAUUUCACAUGAAAGUAUAAUUUUGUCUACCUACGGCUCAAAUUGCAUUACACAAAUUUUUUAAGAAAAUAGGCAAUAAAAGUAAAAACGGAUGAGAAAAUUAUAGCAUUAUUUUCUAUGAUCUUUUCAAAGCUAUUUAUUCAUAGGACUAUGUGGACAUUUCACCUUCUUUUCCUCAGGAGAUGAGGAUUCUUUUUUUGUCCAGGCUGCUGCUGUCUUUCCCAAAAGAAUUUAAAAGGGAAGAGGCAAGGAUACACCCAUAUAUAUUUACCAUAUUUGCUUCUCAGGAAUAUUUUCUGAGUGUCACUAUCUUUUUGAUAAUAUGUACACAGUUUUAUCUUUUCAGAGGAAUAAAUGCAGUUCAUCUAUUUGUUAAUGGUUGACAACAGCAGUCAUAGACUUAAGACUUUCACUGAGAGAUCUUUAUCUCCAUAAGACUUUUACUUUAGUAAAACUUUAUUUUAAUGCCUCUAGUUGAGUAGUCCUAUGACUUACCUAAGCCCGUUCUACUAAAUUUGAUGAAAUGGAAAUUACUAGGUUUAGUUUUAGAUUUUAUUCUUCUGUGUUUUUGCAAGACUAAUGCUAAAGAAUGUUAUUUUGAUCCAUAUUAAUUUUUUUUUAAUUAGAUAACCAUUCCGGUAUAGGAAUAAGAUGUUUAUAGGGUUAAGGAUAUCAUUCCUCUAAACAGAACUGUCAUAAUUUGGGAAAUAUUUAAUUCUCAACUUAUUUCAUAAUUACCAGUUGUCCAUCAUAUUUGCCAUUAUUUAUAAAGUCUUUAAGAAUGACAUUUUCUAGCAAUAAAAGAAAUUAACCAUUAUGUUUCAAAGGUGAAAAGAGCAGGUGGGUAUUUAUCCUAACACACUUAAAUAUAGUGAAAAGCCCUCUAUUAAGAAUGUGGAUAAGUGAACAAUUGCAAGUUUUGCAUCAUAUUCUAAGAACUGGGUUCUUUUUUGGGGGGGGGGGAGGUGCGGGGAUUGGUCUGCUUGCUUUUGCCACAAGUGAAUUUUCAGUAACGGGUUCAAUUGCAGAGAUCAAACAUGUCAGUAUGAGUAAAAUACCCGGUGAUGUACAAAUGUGCCUAUUAUUUAAGUAAUAGAGACAUCCAGCUAAAGCAGAGGAGAAUUACAUGCUUUAAAGAAUAAUUUGUUGUAGCUUUCCUUGAGAUAUGUUUCUCCAGUGUAAGCAAGAUAAUGGUUUACAGGAUUUGUUUUACACAAAACUUUCCAAGAACACAUCUGUUCUGUAAAAGCAAAGAAUAACUAGCUUAUACUUUCCAAGAAUAAAAGUUCCCAUUUUUUCCUUAAUAUGUCUGAAAUUAUGGAUUUUGGCAUUUUCCUAACAAUUUAUAUAAUUUUGUUUGAAGGAAAUGUCUUAUGUACAUCUUUCCCAACCUAAACAGGGAGAGUCCUGACAGUGAUGUGCUUGUAUGAUUAUAAAACUAUUUGCCUAAGUGGUGCGACUGAACUUGUUUUUUUGCCCGUGUUUUUUAAGCUGUUUCAUAUUGAAAGUUGGAAUAUUGUAAAAAUUUUGUCAAGGAUGUACUGUAGUGCUAUUUGAAGUACCUGUAAUAAAACUUAUUUACCUUUA